AUGCUACAACAAAGACUACUGGCACCCCUCCGGGUGCUGGAGAGAGCGAUUGUGCCGACGCUCCGCUCAUCACAGCCAAUCUCCCGACCACCACCACCAUCGUCAGUACUCUCACGAACCAACACCUCCGCAUCGACACCAUUCUUGAACCGCCUCCUCCCCUUCUCUCAAGUCCGCCAUGCCUCCCACGCCACCCAGGGUACGGCGAAUCGACAUUCCCGUGACCCUGCGGGAAAGCGUCUUGGUGCGAAACGUACUACCGGCGAAUACGUCGUUCCGGGUUGUAUCAUUUUCCGUCAGCGUGGAACGAAAUGGUUUCCAGGCGAGAAUUGCUCACUGGGCAGGGAUCAUACCAUCUAUGCCACCGAGGCAGGCUAUGUGAGAUAUUACUUGGAUCCUGAACGGCACCCUGACCGGAAGUACAUCGGCGUCUGCUUUGAGAAGGACGGCAAAUUGCCUACGCCUCGGAAUGCCCCGACCAGACGGAAACUGAAUAGGGUCGCUGUCCCUCGCAUCGAUGACACCCCUACGCCGAUUGCUGGACAGUCGGAUCUUGUUGCCACUAUUGACAAUGGUACUAUGGUGUCCAGCGUGGAGGCUGUGAAUGCCGAGUCAGGCUCCCAGCUGCGUCCAGGUUAUAUGUACCGUGAGGCGAACUGGCAGAUUGGUCGAGCAGCUGAGAAGGCCGGGAUUACAGCGAAGCCGUACAGCCCCAAGAAUCGUUGGUUGGCAUGGAGGAAGAGACAGGCUAGGGCCGAGCGGGCUGCCCAGAUGAAGAGUCUCAAGAACAAGAAGAAGGCUUCAAAGAAGGGCAAGGGUGGCCGCUAA